GAUGGGUUAUUUAUCCAAAAACCCUACGCUUCGAAAAAAACUCGUCGUCUCGUCUGUAAAUAUCAUCCGAAGGUGAAGAUAGGACAGCGAUGACUACUCCAAUCCCGACACUCUCCUUUGCUUCACCUUUGUUUCAGAGGAUACAGACGAGGGCGGGAAUUUCUCAUGGAUUUAACUUUCCUCCGCGGUUACAGAUGGCCGCCAGAAAGCAAAGAGAUGGUGAGGGUGUCGGUCGGCGAGUGUGGCGACGAAGAAAAUUGACGAAGAAGGAUGAGAUGUCGAUCUUCAAAAUGGAUCGAAUUCCAUUCCUUGAAGAACAGGUAAGGAAGGUAAAGGAACAGGGGAAGCUCAUAACAAUGGACAUCGAAAGACUUCUGCUAUCAGAGGACAACCGCUUCGAUUUUGUGAACGAGGUUGCAGCGGAGGCUAAGGAUUACGUGGAGAACAAUCGUGAUGAAUAUGGGGGUUCCAAGAAAGCCAUUCUUCAUGUUCUUAGCAACCGAGUGAACGAUGCAGGGUUCUAUCGACCGGAUGCAUAUGCAGAAGAGGACCCAUUUAAACCCGGACCUCAUUAUCUCAAACAAGAAUUUACUUGAACAACCUUAUUACAAUAUCCAUUUUCCCAUACAAACUUAGUCUACCCUGUUGUUGUAUGUUCGCUACUGCAUAUUUCUCUUGUGAUUAAGAAUCCUGCUUGCAUUUUACUUACAAUUGAGAAGGAAUGCCACUACAUAAGCCGAGAAUAUAAU